CUCUUAACGCUGUUUAAUAAUUUCAUAAUCUGCUUUUACAGGCUGAAUGACGUUACCUCUUAUCACCCUUCAAAUGCCCCUGUGCUGAUUAGAUAAACUUCUAUACCACUGGGGACCAGAGCUGUAGAGAAACUCAGAGAAGGACUUUACUCAGGUGCCUGCAGCUGCUGCAUCAGGCCACUAGUGCCACCCUGCUGGCAUCUUGUCCUGAACUGGCAAGAGUCACAUCCAAAGAGUACGCACUGAAUGUUGGUUCUCAUCUAUCCCUCCGGCCAAUAGCAGUUAAGGUUAAACAAGCUUCCUACUAGCGUCUCGACCUCUGCAGGAGGACCUCAAGAUCAGCCCCCCCCCCCCACCACACACACACACACACACACACACACACACACACACACACACACACCCACCUUCUCGAUACGGAGAGAGGCGUGCACGUUGGUGUGCGGCUGUCACUCUAUCCCAGCUGGACGGACACAACACAAAGUUCAAAGAAGAGAAGACACCCUGCACCACAGGACGCGCCAGGCUGACCCCCUUUUGGGUUUCUCUUUGGAUUUCUCGUCCGCUUUUUGUUGCAAAAGUGCCAAAGCUUUGAGUCGCAGCUUGUUGUCCUUUUGGGGGAGUUUCACGUGUCUGUAUUUGGCACUAGACGCAUCUGUCAUCGACUGCUACUGGGUGACUGGAGCUGCCAAAGUCAUGCCGGACGGGUUUCAGCAACUUGGAGGGGAGACAUUGACUGGAACCUUUGUUCUCUCAGUCUUCACUGCUGUCCUGGGAUCUCUGGAGUUUGGAUACAAUAUCGGCGUCAUCAAUGCACCUCAGAAGAUCAUUGAGCAGGACUAUAACGCUACAUGGCUGCAACGGUAUGGAGAGCCCAUCCCCAUCGGGACCCUCACCUCCCUCUGGUCCCUGUCCGUGGCCAUCUUCUCCAUCGGUGGCAUGCUGUCCUCGUCCUGCGUGGGCUUCGUCUCCGAGUGGCUGGGCAGGAGGAAAGGCAUGCUCAUAAACAACAUGUUUGCCUUCAUUGGUGGAAGUCUGAUGGGGUUGUCCAAGCUCUGCCACUCCUUCGAAAUGCUGAUCCUCGGCCGCUUUAUAAUCGGUAUCUACUGCGGGUUGGCAUCAGGCUUGACCCCGAUGUAUGUGGGUGAGAUAGCUCCUACAAGUCUGCGAGGGGCACUGGGUACACUGCACCAACUGGCCAUAGUCACUGGUAUUCUCAUAGCACAGGUCCUGGGUCUGGAGUCGUUACUGGGUGUUGAGGACUUGUGGCCAGUAUUGUUGGGUUUAGCCAUUGUGCCGGCUGUACUUCAGAUGGCACUUCUGCCUUUCUGCCCCGAGAGCCCCCGCUUCCUCUACAUCGUCCGCUGCCAGGAGCACCAAGCCAAGAGAGGCCUGAGGAGGUUGACGGGCAGGCAGGAAGUGGGCAGCAUGCUGACUGAGAUGAAGGAGGAGAAGAGGAAGAUGGAAAUGGAGAGGAAGGUGUCCAUCCUGGAACUCUUUCGCUCUCCGCUCUACCGCCAGCCCAUUAUCAUCUCCAUCAUGCUGCAGCUCUCCCAGCAGCUGUCUGGGAUCAACGCAAUCUUCUACUACUCUACCAGCAUCUUCAUGAAGGCAGGAGUCCAGAGUCCAGUCUAUGCCACCAUAGGAGCAGGCGUGGUGAACUGUGCCUUCACUGUGGUCUCGCUCUUCCUGAUAGAGAGGACGGGUCGACGGACACUCCACAUGCUGGGACUGGGUGGGAUGUCCAUCUGUGCCGUCAUCAUGACCACGGCUCUUGCUUUGUUGGACAGUGUUCCAUGGAUGAGCUACAUCAGCAUGCUGUCAAUCUUUGGCUUCGUCGCCUUCUUUGAGAUCGGUCCAGGUCCCAUCCCCUGGUUCUUUGUAGCUGAGCUGUUCUCUCAGGGUCCAAGGCCGGCUGCCAUGGCUGUGGCCGGCUUCUCCAACUGGACCGCUAACUUCAUCAUCGGCAUGGGCUUCCAAUAUGUUGCUGACCUGUGUGGGCCAUACGUCUUCCUGAUCUUCGCAGCACUCCUCCUCUUCUUCCUCAUCUUCACAUUCUUCCUCGUGCCAGAGACGCGGGGCAAAACCUUCGAUCAGAUUGCAGGAAACUUCCAUCAACACUCUGCAGGAGGAAUGAUGGAUAUGGAUACGGACAUGGAUCUGGACAAGCCCACUGAACUGGACUAUUUGGGGGAGGAAAGCAUGAACUGA